AUGGCUAAGAUGGGUCUCACUGGCCAGACCAUACACGGCGCGGAGCUUGCUUCUGCCUCAAAAAUUGAGUAUGAACAAUUCCUGCUCUUUCGUGUACUAUGGGUGUCCCGCCGUGUAGAAGACCUGCCGAAAACGCUGCCUGGUAUGAGCUUGUUGAUCUCAGAGGCGGAUACAAUGCUAAAAAAAUACAACUCAUGGCACACAUAUUGUCGGGGAUUCACGCUUCCAAAUAUUGAAGAAGGAAAUUUUGCCGUUGCCCGGAAUUAUCAGCUUGAGGUUGCAAACACCGAAGAUAAAACGGAUCCACGGACUCUUGCGACUCCUGUUGCACAUCGAACACGUGCCCGUGUGAAUGAACUUGGUAGAAAGCUUGCUGGUGUGCGCUUGGAGACACCCUCGAAGUCCACCAAUAUCUUCGAGACACUAGACAUUGAAGAUAUUGGUCUCGAUGAUCCUUUUGCUAUUCCAGAGACCCCAAAUCCAGAUACUCCGAGUCCAUUCCGGGAGAUAACGCCUGCUCCUAAAGAACUGGAGAACGUGCUAUACCCUCCUACGAAGGAUGAACAGAUUGUGAAUUGUGCCUUGGUGCUCUUCCUGAAUGCUCUGACUAUUCAUUUCAAAUUCGCCAACAACUGGACCUUGCACAGAAGGGCCUUCAAAGCUAACUUUGAGGGGGCUAGUUUUGAAGCAAGGACUGAUGGAUAUCUCAAUGAUCGCCGAGGCAUAGCCAAGGUUAUUAUCGAGGUGAAACCCGUGACACGAUCAAAGAAACCAGCUCUCAUCCAAAUGCAAGAGAGCGCCCAAAUGGUGGCUUGGAUUAAAAGUGAUGAUGAAAAGCCUAAUGGGGACGAGAAAAUGCGCAUUAUUGUCUCCCAAGAUCGGCACGAGAUAUUCCUGACGGUUGCUAAGUACGACGAUAACUACAUCAAAUAUUUGGGAGACAAGAAUCAUCGCAGCGAGUCCCCUUCCUUUAUGACUAUGUACCAAUUCGGCCCCUGGGAUACCCUGGAUUCCACUCACAUGAAAUACCUUGGACCUAUUCUUUUGGCAAUAUCCCUCCGUGCAGAAAUCGAAGAUAGAAAGAACAAGACCUGA